AUGGCGGAGCCGGAGGCCACGGCCGAGGACCUGGACGCCCUCAUCGACAACCUGGACUACCUGCCCGGCCACUUCCACCUGGAGAUGCAGCUGAACUUCGAGCCGCGCUCGCCGGCCUCGUUCCGCUCCCGGGACCUGAAGCUGCGGCGCGACGGCCUUCGGCAGGAGCUCGAACUGGCGGCCGCCCCGCAGCGCCCCGCCGUGCGCCACCUCCUGGGCGCCUUCGCCUUCUACCUGGAGGAGCUGGACGAGGCCCGCGAGCGCUUCCUCGAGGUGGCCCGCGAGGACCCGGGCAACCUCAACGCCUGGGCCAACCUGGUGCACGUGUACGCGCGGCUGGGCCAGGAGGAGGAGGAGGAGGCGUGCGCCGGGCGGCUGGCCGGCCUCAUGGGCCUGGAGGCCGAGCGCCCGGCGGCCGGGGACCCCCAGCUCCGCGCCGCGCGCUGCCUGGCCGAGCAGGGCUACGCGCACGGCUUCGACGUGGGCUGCGCCAGCGCGCAGGAGCGAGCGCGGGUGCUGGCCGCCGGCAUCGCGCUCUACGACAAGGCGCUGGGCUACGCGCAGCAGAUCCCAGCGGAGGAGAAAAGGGGCUGGUACUUCACCAUGGCCACGCUCUUCAUCAGGCUAGAUGGCGUCUUCCUGGAGCUGGGCAGCGAGGAACAGAAGAGGCUGCCUGCCUUCAACCGCACGCUGGCCCUGCUCCGGCAAGUGCUCAAGUCCUCGGACCCCCACCAUCAAGCUCUGGCCUGGUGCUACCUUGGGAUGUUGCUGGAGAGGAAGGACACCUUCUCCACCACCCCCAUGGGCGUCCACGACUGCGGGUACUCGGGAACCGACCCCCUGGACUGCUUUGGCAAGGCCAUUGAGCUAGCCAAGGACCAGCCCCCGAUCCUGAACCGCCUGGCCAAAAUCUUCCACUUCCUAGGCAAGCAGGAUAUGGCCAUUGGAACGUGCAACAUGGCUCUCGAUGUCCUACGGGAUCCCGAGCUCAACUGGCAGGCAUACUGCACAAGGGCCAAGAUCCACCUCAGGGCCUACCUGCACGACCUGGAACGAGCCAAGUUGGGGCUCGGGGGCAUGCCUGACCGGAACCACCUGGCCUGCGCCAAGGCCGACCUGGAGGAAGUGGUCAGGGUGUGCCCAGGCCUCAAGACCUACCUGGACAUUGGCCAGGUCUACUACUACAUGGGCGUGGACGCCAUGCAGGAGCUGCUGGCGGUGGACGAGGCGUCGCUGAACCAGGCGCUGGUCUUCCUGGCCUUGGCCGGCGAGUCGGAGCUGGGCGCCACGCUGCCCGAGCUGCAGCUGCUGCGCGGCAAGUGCCUGCGCAUCAAGGGCGAGGACGCCAACGCGGCGGCCUGCUUCAAGCGCGCCGUGGAGCUGGACGACGCGGGCUCCAGCCACACCGAGGGCUUCCGCUGCCUGCUCGAGGCGCUGCUGUCGCAGUGGAGCCAGGCGCAGCUGAGCGACGCCGAGCUGGGCCGCGAGGUGGACGCGUGGCUGCGCCGCGCGCAGGACAAGUACCCCGCGGCGCGCCUGCGCCUGGAGCUGCAGCGCGUGUGGCGCGGCCACACGGGCGAGGUGCUGGGGCUGGCCCGGGCCUUGGUGGCGCAGGGCCGGCCGGCACUGGUGCGACUGCUCUUCGAGACCAUGGAGCAGGACGGCGACGGCGCGGGCGUGCUGCGGGGCCGCGGCGCCUUCUCCCUCUAG